GAAUCAACACUCUGUGCUGAGGCUCUGAUUCUGACAAUUCCCUGAAGCAGGGAUGCCUGCAGAUUUCAAUGGGUACUGGAAAAUGGUCAGCAAUGACAAUUUUGAGGAGUAUCUGAAAGCACUGGAUGUAAAUGUUGCUGUAAGAAAAAUAGCAAACUUGCUAAAACCUGACAAAGAAAUCCUUCAGAACGGGGAUCACAUGAUCAUUAAAACGCUAAGCACUUUUAGGAACUACAUCAUGGAAUUUGAUGUAGGAAAGGAGUUUGAGGAGGAUUUGGCUGGGGUGGAUGAUCGCAAGUGCAUGACCACUGUGUCUUGGGAUGGAGAUAAACUCCUUUGUGUACAGAAUGGAGAAAAAGAAGGUCGUGGUUGGACCCAGUGGAUUGAAGGAGAUGAAAUGCACCUGGAAAUAAGAGUGUGUGGAGUCACGUGUAAGCAGGUCUUUAAGAAGGUACAGUGAACAUCCAGCUGAUACAGAAGUGAAGAACAGUAGAAUUUACAGACUUCCCACCAAACCUCCAAAUGCUAGUACUGAACAUCAUCAGUGACAGGAGCAAACACAGAAAUGAUCACUCUAGAACUGUAUGGCUAGAAUAAAAUAUUUUUAAGAAAUAAUAUUUUAAAAAUAACUGCAAAUAAAAUAUUUUUAGAAAUGCCAAUUAAAGAUACUAAACACUAUAAA